GGUCAGCAGGUUGCACCUACUUUUGGGAGCUUCGUUUCGUAGAUGGAAUAUAUAUAUAUUAGUAAUGAUUUAGUCCAUACAGUUUAGCGGAAGAUUGGGUGUCAUUCAACUGUUGUACUGUUAUAAUAAAUGUAGAUAAAAGAAACGUUUCAUAAGACCAUAAACCAUCCACUUAAGCGAUAUAUUGUCAUCGUCGUCUUUUCCGCAAAAGAUUCACUGGACCAUGCGACGAGGAUCAAGUUUCCUCUGUAUGCCGGACGGUCGGGAUUGAGUUCAACAUUAUUGUUGCUGCAAAGUGAAUUCAUUAUUAUACACUCGGACUAAAAUCACUCGGUUGAGGGUGGCUCCCGCAUACGAACAGGUGGAACGACAAGUGGUUUUUGAUUUGGUUGGUUUCCCCCGCUUGUGUGUAUGAAAACCGUAAAUGAUGAUGAAUUGAGAAGGAAAAACGGUUUCCUCUCCUACCCCGCAGACGGGAACUAUGGGACAUCAUUUACGUGCUGGAUUCCGUCCGUGGAUGUGCGCUCUGCGUUAGUUCAGUUGGCUGCCGAAUUCAACAACCGCCGGGAUGUGUUCUCCUCCGCAGAAUAGUGCUACGACUGUGUGUGAUUAAAGCGUUAAUUAAUGUGUACAAAUAAUUGCAGUAUCAUAAAGUGACAUAAAGUGACGAAAAGGAUAAAAACAAAUUCAGUGGUUCAUUUAAACUAGAACUACUAUUCUGAUGGCGCUCACAGUGGAUUAUGCCUAGCACUACAAAGAGUGAAAUUUCUUCCACCCGUUCAAGUGAAAUGAGAGCAACGAAAAAACUUUGCCAUCCCAUUAGUGGGUGAGUUCUCUCAAAUAAAGCUUCACUGACCCUCGUCAAGGCGACGAUUGGCUGGUGUAUAGAUACUGGCAGUACGGCAAAAUAGGUUACGAGGCGGAGAGGAGGCGAAUAGUUUUCCAUAUAAUUAAGUCGUCCGGCUACCGGAUAAGUGUCUUCAUUAUCGGAAAGUUGCGUUCGGAACAGUAAAUUAGCAAUGAUUCACCAUCAGCCGGCGAAAUACCACACGAAUCCUUUGACACAUUUUCUCAACUUACACAACUCACAUGCCACAGCGGCAGCGGCAGCGGCAGCCGCCGCCGCAGCAGCUGCAGCCCUGGACCAGCAUCAUCAGAUGCAUCACCAACAACUCCAUCCACACCAUGCGAAGCUAGACGAUGAUCUAAAUCUACUCAAUAAUAAUAACGACGAACGUGUGGGUGGUAUUUGUGAUCGGACUCGGGAGCUAGUGGGGCUCGAAACUGGAUUGGAUAUCGAGAAUACCGAUACUCAAACUCAAACGAGCGAUGCUGAAAAUAAUAACAUAGACAUUAUCGACAACGAUGAAGAUGAAUGUGAGGAAGAAUCUCUUAGAAAUGACCACAACCAUUCAACACCGGAUGUAACUCCGCUAGAUGCCGACGGUAUUGGCAAAUCAUUUACAAUAGCCGCCAUUUUGGGGCUGAAAAAAAAGCACAACGUCGAUGGGGCAAACCACUUUAGUGAUGUCAUAAACCUUUCACUGAAUAAUCAUGAUGAUAGUAGGUCUGCUUUCGCCCAGCGAGCAAGUCGCGAAUCAGAAUUAUCCUCACCCCUAGAGGGUGGCAGCACAAACCAAUCUAACCUUCACAUAUCACAAUCGCCACAAAGUGGCAUCAAUAGCAGCUUAGCAGCACUUCAAACAUUACACCACAUUCAUGGUACUUCCGGCGGCUUCACGCCACACCAAUUCCAUCAACAUCAUGCCGCUGCUGCUGCUGCUACCGGCGGUAUUGGAGCUAAUGGAAAUGUCACCAGCAAUGGUAUUCAAUCGUUACACCACACUUUGCAGCAACACGCUUCUCAACACAUUCAUUCCCACCAAGGACUUUCGGGACAUCUCGGAGGUCACCCAAAUCAGUCAUCGCAACAGCAGCAACAACAGCAGCAUCUGCCCAACAGCCAUACCCACCCGCAUCCUCACCAUCAUCCCCACCAUCAUCAUCAUCACCAUCACCAUUUGGCGAUGGCGGCACAUCAUCAUGCGCAGAAUCAUAAUCGGGAGAAAUUCAAAGAUCUGAGCAAGAAAUCUGCACUGUCAACCUCGGCAGCUCUGAAAAGCAAACGUGUGCGAACCAUCUUCACUCCGGAGCAGCUUGAAAGACUGGAGGCUGAAUUUGAACGUCAACAAUAUAUGGUUGGCCCGGAGCGACUAUAUUUGGCGCAUACCCUGCAGCUUACAGAGGCACAGGUCAAGGUGUGGUUUCAAAACCGACGGAUAAAAUGGCGUAAACACCAUUUGGAAAUCACUCAACAGCGCCUAGCUCUGAUACGACAACGGCAGAUUGCCAACGGUGUAGUUCCGUCCCAAAUUGGUUCAACUGGAGAACAUGCGGCUUCCCCGCCAGCUGGCGGAACGCUUCAAACUAUGGCCGGAGGACGCACGGUACUCGAUACAUCCGGUGCGGGUACUGAUUCACCGGAACUGACCAUCUGUACAGAUUCACUAGAUGCAAGAAGCGUUAGUGAGAGCGAUGAUUGAAAAUAUAUCGAACUAUUGAAAAACAAGUGUGGUGAGCGCUGCAGCGCAGUGCAAGAAACUUAAAAAAAUGUAAUUUAAUACAGGGACUAUCCUAGACAUUGUAGAUGUUGGAUAAUUAUUGGCGUAGAUUGUAUAAGUAGUCACGAGUAUAUUUGAAA